CAUCUUUCCUCCCCCUCCUACGCAGCCCCAACAGAUAUAAACAAACGAUUACAUCUGAACGCAGGUAUUUUCUCUUUCCCGGGCGGCGAUACAGCAUCAGACCGCUGCCAUGGCGCACAGUGACAGUCACGUUAGCUGUUUUCCUGAGAUAAUCGAGCUAAACGUCGGUGGUCAGCUGUAUGUAACUCGACACGCAACCUUAACGGCCGUUCCUAACUCUCUCCUGUGGACUUUGUUCACUCAACGGUUACCGAAGGACUUACCGACGGAUAGCAAAGGACGCUACUUCUUAGACCGGGACGGUAUUCUUUUCCGUUAUAUUUUAGAAUACCUGCGGGACCUAAACCUGGUUCUUCCGGAGUUUUUUAAAGAGCGGGGUAGACUGCAAAAGGAGGCUGACUUUUAUCAGCUGCACGAGCUCUCCCAACGCCUCAGACCUGCCGUCAGCAAAGACAACUCCCUUGCGGAGGACGUGGUAGACCCGGAGGAGGCUGCGCUUGCGGGCGCACUCAGUCGCGCAAGUAUCUCUACAACCCCGUCCACAGAGACCGCAUGCCACGCGUCCACCGUCACUAGCCCUUUUCCUCGCUCACCGCUCCAGGGAAAAGCGGGUUACAUAACGGUCGGUUAUAGAGGGUCGUACACCAUCGGAAGAGAUAUUCAGACCGACGCCAAGUUCCGCCGCGUGGCCAGGAUAACUGUGUGCAGCAAGACGUCUUUGGCCAAAGAAGUUUUCGGGGACACGCUAAACGAGAGCAGAGACCCAGACAGACCCCCAGAGAGGUACACCUCCCGGUACUACCUGAAAUACAACUUCCUCGAGCAGGCUUUUGACAGGCUGGCCGAGGUCGGUUUUCGCAUGGUGGCUUGUAGUUCCACGGGCACCUGCGCGUAUACGAGUAACGACCCAAACGAGGACAAAAUCUGGACCAGUUACACUGAGUACGUGUUCUCCCGUGACUAACCGUUAGGAACCAAGCGUUACCAAUGGUGGAACUUUCAACCUACACCUGCCUAAAACCAAAAGUUUAAUAUUAAUGGUUCAAACUGUUUUCCACAUUCCCUGUUUUUUGCCUUAACUUUUGUAAAUGAACACUUGGCUGAUUUCAUGGCCUCGGAUGAUAAUUAGAGUCUGUAUGAAGUUUGUAAAUAUUGGUGCAUUUCAUUGUUCACCCAAAGGUCUGUAAAUUCAUAUACAAAAUGAAUUAAGAUAUAGAAUAGGCUACAUGAAUGUUAGAUGUAUUUCAGUCUCUUUCUAGUAUACAGAAUGCCUGUAAAUGUAAGAUGCUUACUUAAUCAGAUUUAAAAUAACAAUAAAAUUCAUGUUUUCAUGAAGAA